AAUCACUCAAACAUUAGUUAAAAUGGAUAAUGUGCCGAGACGACUUAACCAGAGAAAACUACAUAGUUAUUGCUCUAUUAAUAUCGGUCCCAAUUAUAGCGGCAGCAAUAAUCCUGUGCAUUGUCUUAGUGAGUAAAGACUACUUCAGCUCAUCAUCGAAACUCUUAUUGAAAUCGCAAUAUUCGCGAUACUUGGUCGGAAACGGAAACUGCUCGUCCCUGCAAAUAGCCGCCGUAGUGGAGAAAAUUUCCCCAGACGUUCGGAAAUACAAGUUCCUUUGUACAGCGUUGAACUUGGGCGAGAACCUCGCCGUGGCUCUGCCCGAAUGCUUCGAAUCCGGCCGGCCCGUAAAGGGCAAACACUACCUCACCAGCGGCUCCCCGUUUUGGACAAUAAGCGACGAACACUACGAAAUAGUCAAUUACACGCUGUUCAGUGGAGAGAACAGCUCGAUUGUGGUGCUAGUGCCGGAGCCCCAGCUGCCGGGCACUUGCCCCAACGACACCCUAUUCGUCGAAGGCCGAUUUAAUCGCGACCAAAACCACUACGUUAUGGGGUGGAAUUCGACGGCUAAAGAAGCGAUGAAACCGUUCAGAACGCUGCCCUUUCGCGGCGAGUGCGUCGAAAACAUGGAUUCCGCCUUGAUAUUUACGGAAGACGGUAGAUUCAGCGGUUUCCAGAGCGUCAACUGCACUCAAACCACUCCUCUCGAGCACCUGGUGGUCUCGUUCGCACAGUUCGCGCAGGCAAUGGGGAAAAUUUUUCGAAACGUGACCGAUGCUUCCAGGAAAACCCAGCCUACCAAGCGAGAUGUCACCGCGAAACCGAAGCGCAAAAAACACACGCCUAAGCGGUUUAAAUUGCGUAAAAUUCCAACCAGUACCGCUCCAACCGAAGCCUACGAAUCUACCACGGACUUAUUCCAUCUAGCCGACGAAUCCAUACAGGAAUUCCUGAAAGGAACCAGCGGGAAUAUGGAUUACCAGGAUUUCUUGACGCAACUGCACGGAUCCCUCACUACCAGGCCCACAAGAAGACCAUCGAGUACCGUUCGAGAGGUGCACGAAUUCCCCAACAUCGACAAAUUCAUCAACGUGUUCGUCAAGUACAAACUCUACACGGGUUAUUUCGCUUCCACCACGUCGGGGGCGCGAGAUAAUAUUUUAGAUUACAUGGUCAGGGCGCUGUUUAAUUCCGUAAUUGAAGAACCGACUACCACGGAGUACCCGCUAACGUCGAUUAGCGAGCUGGUGGAGGAGAACAUGAUGGAGUUUUUGGAGAAAUUAUACGCCAGCACAACUACCGAGGACACUCUGUAUGGUAUAAAACAGUGGAGGAACGUUUACGAAGAAAACACCACUUCAAGUACCUUGAGGCACGAAAGUACGACGUUUCAAAUUGAUGAAGACGCUGUGAGGAAGAUUAACCAAUUCGGUCAUUUUCCGUUGAAUAUUGAGCUGGAUUUUACGACCAGCGAAGCGAGUUUCGAUUUGAGCGCCGAGUUGAGGAAGGAAGUGAAUUUGAACUUGAGGGAAACUAAAAAGAAAAAAGGAAACCACAUGGGAAGCUACAGAAAAAGGCACCAUAAUAGGUACAAGAAGAGUCGAUUGGAUAUUAAGAAGUUCCGUAAGCAAAUGUUGAAAAGUGGACUCGUUAGGCAAACGAUAGCAGAAAAGCGAAUGAUAUCGAAUAAAAUGCUUAUGUCACUAGCAAAUCGUACGAUUACCAGGAAACCCAAAGUAUCCAUAACAGAAGGAGUGAAAUUGAAACAUUCCACAAAACAUCAACAAGCUAAUAACACAUUGAAAUUUGGGAAUGUAACAAAACAUUUUACAUCCUUUAGUCAGCAACCUGUUCGAAUUAUCGAAGAAACCAAACAGAAAAUGGUACUUAAUACAACAAAAAAACACAAACGCAAGCGACGCAGGCGCAAACACAAAAAAUCAACAACCGAGGAUACAGGAUUUAGUAAAAUUGAACAAUCCAGCAGUACAGAAUUUCAAAAAAAAUUAGUAACACAAAACGAAGUGAGCGGAACAACAAGGAGCAGCUCAUCAAAGAAACACAGCAAGAUAACGACUUCGUAUACAAAAAUAUGA